GUCGUUCGCCGUUCCCAGUGCUGGAGGUCGCUUGAUCCGCUCUGGGAAGUGCUAGUCCUUUACUACCCCACCAUGGACUUCGUCACAGCUUCAACUUGUCACUUUGCAUCCAACCGUCAAUCGUUUGGCUUGCCACAAUGUCAAAACAAUACUUGACGACGCAUACCAUAGAUAAUGCGCACGUAACAGACAUUUUCAGCCUGGCAGCAACCUCAAAGGGGAUUCUCUCUGCCGGAGGCUCUUCGGCUAUUCACUAUCAUGAUACUACAGACCCGGCAUUCCCGUUGAAGCAAUCGCUUUCAAAUGCCCAUAAACUCGGCUGUCAUCAUCUUUGCACCUCCAGAGACGGCAAAUACGGCGCGAGCGUUGGAUUUGGGGGCGAAGUCAAGAUAUGGGAUAUAGUCCAAGAGACAGGUGAAUGGGUUCUUGGUGGCGAAAUUGUAGGUCAAUCAGCCAAAGCUGGAGAAGUCUGGGCAGUCGCUUUGAGCGAAGAUGGCGCAUACCUGGCAAGCACUUCAAACGACGGCCGCAUCAACGUUUGGGACGUAGCGGACGAGGCCAGACCGAAAAUUCGAGAAUUGGAGACUGGCAGUGGUGGAAGUGGGAGCUUUGGAAUGUGUGUUGACAUCAGCCGGGACGGCAAAUUCACUGCCAGCGGUCAUCAGAACGGUGGUGUGUAUAUUUUCGACAACGAAACUGGCCGCAUUCUGCACACUCUCUCUGGUCUUGCAAAGCCUGUUAGGGCGGUUGCAUUUUCUCCGGGAGGCAGUAGACUGGCUGCUGCGGGUGACGCAGGAAUUAUUGCUAUCUACGACAUGAAGCAUGGCGAGCAUAUUGGCAAUUUAACAGGUCACUCCAGUUGGAUUACCUCCAUCGACUGGAACGAUAGUGGAGAAUACCUUCUCAGCGGCUCAAUGGACGGAAAAGUAAAAGUAUGGUCCAUUGAGCGAAGUGUCUGCGUUGCGACGCACAGUGAGACGGAUAAGGCACUCUGGGCCGUGAGGUGGCUACCGAAAACUGGACGAAGCGAGAUGUUUUGCACGGCGGGGGCCAACAGAAGCAUUUCCUUUUAUAGAGAGGCCACUGGGGGUUAGAGAAUAUCCUUCGGCUUCCCUAAUUUAAUUUAAUGAUGAUUCUAGAAAUAUUAGAAUAGACGUUUAUGUAUCAAUCGGCGUCCCUUUCACCUAUGCUGAAGAGAGC